AUGGCAUCUUUAUCCGGGCCCACAACCCCAUUUCCACCGCCGAUUAACCGGAGACCGGAAAGUCAACCGGCCAAAAAUAUGGAGGCCUUGAAACUAAAAGAAAGAGAAAACAAAGAGAGAAAAGUGAUGGUGAAUAACAAGAUAGCAUCACAGAAAGCAAUUUCGAUAAUAUUGAGAAGAGAAGCUACAAAGGCUGUGAUUGAGAAGAAAAGGGGACCUACCAACUCCAAAAAGCUCUUGCCCAGAACUGUUCUUGAAGCUCUUCAUGAAAGAAUCACUGCUUUGCGUUGGGAGUCUGCUCUUAAGGUUUUUGAGUUACUGCAGGAGCAGCUUUGGUACAGGCCAAACUCUGGUAUCUAUGUCAAGCUAAUUGUUAUGCUUGGAAAAUGUAAGCAACCUGAGAAAGCCCAUUCAUUAUUUCAGGCCAUGGUCGAUGAAGGUUGCCCCAUUAACGUUGAAUCGUACACUGCUCUUUUGUCUGCUUACAGUCGAAGUGGCUAUCUAAACGAAGCAUUUUACAUCCUAGAAGAAAUGAAGAACACUUCUGAUUGUCAACCUGAUGUCUUCACGUACUCGAUCCUCAUAAAAUCUUGCCUCCAAGUUUAUGCUUUUGACAAAGUGCAAUAUCUGCUUUCUGACAUGACAUCACAAGGAGUAAAACCCAACACAAUCACAUACAAUACCCUCAUUGAUUCAUAUGGGAAAGCAAAGAAGUUCACACAAAUGGAAUCAAUUCUUGUUGAGAUGCUCCACCAGCAGGAAGUUGAGCCUGAUGUAUGGACCAUGAACUCCACACUGAGAGCAUUUGGAAACAGUGGGCAGAUUGAGAUGAUGGAGAAGUGUUAUGAGAAGUUUCAAUGUGCUGGAAUUCAACCCAGCAUUAAGACCUUCAAUAUACUCUUAGAUUCCUAUGGAAAAACUGGCAAUUAUGAGAAAAUGAGUGCCGUAAUGGAAUUUAUGGAGAAAUAUCACUUCUCAUGGUCACUUGUCACGUACAACGUAGUGAUAGAUGCAUUUGGAAGAGCUGGUGAUCUCAAACAGAUGGAAUUUUUGUUUAGGUUAAUGCAGUCAGAGAAAAUAAAACCAAAUUGUGUCACACUUUGUUCACUUGUAAGAGCUUAUGGUCAAGCGGGAAAAGCUGAAAAACUCACUGGUGUUCUGCGUUAUACAGAAAAUUCAGAUGUAACACUAGAUACUGUGUUUUUUAACUGCCUGAUUGAUGCUUAUGGGAUGAUGGGAUGCGUAGCAGAGAUGAAAAAUGCUCUUGAAAUAAUGGAGAGGAAAGGAUGCAAGCCUGAUAAAAUUACAUAUAGAACCAUGAUUAAGGCCUAUUCUAUGAGUAACAUGACUAGCCAGGUGAAGGAGUUCAAGGCUGUGCUUGCGUCACUAGGGAGCACUUCACCAUGAUGGAAAUGGUUAACUAUGGAAGGACUACAGCUCAUAUCUUUUUUCUCAAAGGCAGGUAGAUAUCGCAAAUCUGGCAGUUUGAGAAGGUCGUGGACAGGUGUUGUAAAGUAAAUUCAGUAAGCCACGGAACUCAAUUUUGUGCUGCCAAGGACCGUAAAAAGAAAUAAGACUAGAGCAUUUGUUGGCACUUUAUCUAACCUUUAAACAGUUUAACUUAUUUUUAAGGAUGGUGUGUGGACUGUGUAUUGCUAGCUUCUGAUGAUCUGCUCCCUCGAUAAUAGAAGGAAUUGCUUGCUACAUAAGAUUCUACUAACCACUCAAUCGAACCUGUACCUAGUAUUUCACUUAAAGCAGACUAAAAAGUUGUAUCCGGUGCUCCAUAUAUAAGUUCAGACAGAUUAUUUAGCCAGACUACUGCUGAUAGGUUCCUGUGCCGGUGGUCCCAGAAGUCUCAGACCAUACAUAGUAUGCCAG